AUCCACCCCUGACUGCAGUGAGCUGGAGGCUGGUUCUUCCUCUUCUGCUGGAUGUCAUGGAGUUCCUGCCCAGCGAGCACCAGCACAUCCGGUACAAUCCCCUCCAUGAUGACUGGGUUCUGGUUUCUGCACAUCGUAUGGGGCGUCCAUGGCAGGGUCAGGUGGAGAAAUCUCCGCAGAAAGAUAUUCCAAGACAUGAUGCAAAUAAUCCGCUGUGUCCCGGAGCUCGUAGAGCCAGUGGGCAGGUAAAUCCUGACUAUACGGGAACGUUUCUGUUUGAGAAUGACUUCCCAGCUCUGCAGCCAGACUCCCCGAAUCCAGGUCCCAGUGAUCAUCCGUUGCUCCAGACAAGUUCUGCACGUGGAGUCUGCCAGGUCAUGUGCUUCCAUCCCUGGUCAGAUAUCACCCUUCCUCUAAUGUCCUCGGAGGAGGUCCGGGCAGUGAUUGACAAGUGGGCGGAGAUAAACACGGACUUGGGUGCCACUUACCCUUGGGUUCAGAUUUUUGAGAAUAAAGGAGACAUGAUGGGGUGCUCGAAUCCUCACCCCCACUGCCAGGUCUGGGCGAGUAAUUUCCUUCCAAAUGAGGCUCGGACUGAGGACAGGACGCAGAGGGAAUACCUGAAGAAACAUGGCGUCCCUAUGUUACUAGAGUAUGGGAGGCUGGAGGAGGAGAGGAAGGAGCGUCUGGUGCUGAGUAAUGAACACUGGCUGGUGCUGGUCCCAUACUGGGCCGUUUGGCCAUUUCAGACUCUCCUCCUGCCGCGCCGCCAUAUCACCCGUCUGCAGGACCUCAGCCCCGAGGAAAGGGACAGUUUGGCUUCCAUCAUGAAGCGGCUGCUCUGCAAGUAUGACAACUUGUUUGAGAUCUCCUUCCCGUACUCCAUGGGAUGGCAUGGGGCCCCGACCGGUUGUCACCUCAGUGAGGACUGCCGUCACUGGCAGCUGCAUGCUCAUUACUACCCCCCGCUCCUGCGCUCUGCCUCAAUACGGAAGUUCAUGGUGGGGUACGAGAUGCUGGCCCAAGCACAGAGGGACCUGACAGCGGAGCAGGCAGCAGAGCGUUUGAGAAAUCUUCCAGAAGAACAUUAUAAGCUCAGGAAAUCAGAGGAGCCCCCCAGUGGUGGGGGCAAGUAGUAACCUGUGACCAGGGGGACUCUCCUUGACCAGCUGAGAGACACUGACUCUGCAGGAACACGUUUGAGUCCAUCAGACCAUGAAUCUAUGAUCACAGCAGUGUAUGGAUAUACAGAGGAAACUGUAUGAGAACUUAAUAUCACACUGACUUUCAUAUGUAUUUCUACACGUGUCACUUCAAUUUUACUAAGAAUUGAUCUACAUGUGGAAGAUUAGUGAUGUCACCUCCGGCAUAAUAUAACUUCUAGCUGGAGAGUGGUGAUGUCAUCUCUUUUAUAACAUGCCUUAUAUCUGUAGAGCGGU